UUUUCAAAUACGAUGUCAUCGAAUUUGAAGGGAAACCCCCAAACAAAAUGAGGCUUGACGAACAAACAAAACCCUCCCGCCUUUCGGCAGCGAUGUAGCUGAAUACUUCACAAAUAUCUCAGGUUUCGAUUGUUUUUAGUUUUGGUAAAAAUAAAUUCUCUUCUUAGGAAUCAAAAGAUGGAUGAUGCCAUGGCGGAAUGCUCACAGAAUGCUUCUCCAACAGAAGCAAUUGUUGCCAACGGUGGAUUACAACCGCAGCUCCCUUUGCUUCCUUCAAUUCAAAAAAUACCAGUUGCAGUGGAGGUAUGCUUGCAAUCAUCUAGCAGUGCUCGGGCAGAAGAUGUACAUGUUGCAGUUCAAAGGAUGCUAGAGAAAAGGAGUUUGACAUACAGUGACGGUCCUGUAACUAUACCUACAGAUGACCCUUUUCUUUUGGAAAAUGUGCGAAGCAUUUACAUAUGUGACACAGAUGGGAGGGUGGACAACCAUGAAAUACAUUUGUUUUGGCAGGUUACACCUGUAGUGCAUGUUUAUCAGCUUAAUGAAGAGGGACCUGGUGAGGAAUUAGAAGGCGAGGAUUCAAUAUCAAGUUUUCAAGAAUGGCUUCUUCCUGCAAAAGAAUUUGAUGGGUUGUGGGCAAGCUUGAUUUAUGACACUGGUCUGAAACAACGGUUGCUGAGAUAUGCUGCAAGUGCUCUUCUGUUCUCUGAGAAAGGGGUGAAUCCAUGUUUGAUUUCAUGGAAUCGUGUUAUCCUCUUGCAUGGUCCUCCAGGUACAGGAAAGACAUCUUUGUGCAAAGCACUAGCUCAGAAACUUUCAAUUCGGCUUAAUUCAAGAUAUUCUCACUCACAAUUGGUUGAGGUUAAUGCUCACUCACUCUUCAGCAAAUGGUUUUCAGAGAGCGGUAAAUUGGUGACAAAGCUUUUCCAGAAAAUUCAUGAAAUGUUGGAGGAAGAGAACUCUUUACUUUUUGUUUUGAUUGAUGAGGUUGAAAGUCUGGCAGCUGCAAGACAAGCAGCAUUAUCUGGUUCAGAACCUUCUGACUCUAUAAGGGUUGUCAAUGCUCUGUUAACACAGUUGGACAGACUUAAAUCAUGGCCAAAUGUUGUUGUUCUGACAACCUCAAACUUAACAUCUGCUAUUGACAUUGCAUUUGUUGACAGGGCAGAUAUUAAAGCAUAUGUGGGCCCUCCUACCCUCCAAGCUCGCUAUGAGAUACUUAGAUCCUGCCUUCUAGAGCUUAUAAGGGCAGGAAUUGUAGUUUCUUCUGAGAACAAUGAGGUUCAACUUUUAAGUUAUGCCAACCUGCAGCAUUGUAUAACUACAGACGGGCUGAAUCAAGUUGACAAUUCAUUGAGCUCAUCUAAGAGAUUGCUGGAGGCAGCAGAAGCUUCUGAGGGUCUCAGUGGGCGAGCAUUGCGAAAGCUUCCGUUUCUAGCUCAUGCAUCCUUGGUUAAUUGCUUCUCUUGCGACUCUGCAAGGUUCAUUGCAACAUUGGUAGACACAGCAAGAAAUGAGCUUUCUGAGCAGACUGGUUAAGCUGAUUGGUUGUUGAUAGAACUAGAGGACAUCCAUCAGCAACAUAAUUCACUGAUUGAAUUGCAUAAGUGCCAUCUAGAUUUUCACUAAUUGAUCUCAUAGCUGUUAAUGGCUGUGCUGUGUUGUAGAGUGUUGCCAUGAUAAUUUAGGGAUUUGCUUUAAUGAGGUAAAAUUGUUUCUGCACGUAUCAAUCAAUUUGUAUCACAUUUUACAUUGUUCUUCAAUAGAGAAAAUUUAGGUAUUAAUGAAGUAAAGCAUUUAUAAUUAACAUAUGAAAUAGCUGGUAGUAGGGUAAUGUGCCACUGAAAAAAGUGUUUAUUCAUAAACUCAAAGGGAGCUUAAUACAGCUAGAGUGCAUCUGUAAGGCAAGUAGUUGAUCAGCUACAUAGAUUCCAUGAUUCCAUACUAUUCUCUUUUUCCGACCCGUGUCCAUAUGUAGCCAGCUGUGUCAAUUGAUAGACUCAAAACUUUAUGACUAAGCAUGAAUUAUUGACAA